AUGCCUCACGCAGUCUCUGACGAGGAAACCCACCUGGAUGUUGCCAUUAUUGGCGCAGGCUGGUACGGUCUUACAGCAGCCAAUACUUACCUCAAAUUGGAGCCUGAUACUCGCCUUGCUGUCUUUGACAAGUAUGACACAGUAGGGGGAACCUGGGCCAAAGACCGCAUCUAUCCCAAUCUUGUUGCUCAAGUUGAAUUCGGCUAUUUUAACUAUCCCUCCGCUCCCAUGUCGGAGGAUGGUAAACCGAAGAACAACCUUGUCACGGGUGACAUGAUCUGGAAAUAUCUGGAUAAGUUUGCCGAAGAUAACAAACUCAAACGAUACAUACAAUUCAACAGCUGGGUAUCCAGCGUUGAGCGUCACCCCAGCGGUGGAUGGCGGUUGGUCGUCAAUGGAAAGGUCAUCAACGCGGCUAAAGUUGUCUGCGCAGCGGGCAUCACGACCCAAACCAACAAGCCAGACUUUACUAUCAGGGACGAUUCGAUCCCGGCCAUCCAUGCCGUCGAAAUUGCCAAGAAGGCAUCUACUUUCCAAGAGCCCCAGAAUCAGCACUUUGUGCUCCUUGGUGCGGCCAAGGUGAUCCGAGACGAUGGGUCUGGUCCCAUGCCCAUUAUGCCAUCCAAGAUGCUAGGAAUGAACACAAUCACAGCUGGCGCCAAUCGUUUGAUGAACUACCUCAGCCCAUCGCUCAUGACUACCGAUACUGCACUCGGCGGUUUCUUCCAUCGAACGAUGGUCGGCCGCUGGCUGACCAGAUCUUACUGGGGUUACGUCACCAGCAAGGCAAACGAGGCCGCUGGAUUUGGAGGCAACGCAGGAAACGUUGAAGGUCUGAAGCCCCAGGUCCAGGACAACAGCUGUUUCUGGUGCGAGAGCUCCCUGGGCUUGAUCACUAUGGACGACUUCUGGACCACGCUGAAGAAGGCCGAUAUCAACAUCGUGCGGGACAAGGUGGACGUCGCAGACUCGACGGGCGUCACCCUGCGCUCUGGCAAGCGCGUCAACGCCGACUACGUCAUCUACGCCACCGGCUGGGGUGAUCACUUCAGCUUCUUCUCGCCAGAACUCAAGGAGGAGCUCGGCAUUCCACCUUACGGCGCACCAGUUCCUUCCAAGGAGGCGAAGCGCUCUCAGGCUGUGUCGACCAAGGUCGACCCUUGGUACUUUCACGACAAGGCAGCCGACCAGACCCUCGCCAAGAAGAUCCCGCUUUUGGCUGCCGGCCCCAAGGAUCUUGACGGCUGGAAGCGCCCAGGCCGCAAGAUGACGGUGCGGCGAUGGAGGCUGUACAACCGGACGCCUACCAUCUCGGAGGUGCAGUCGCUGUGGGCGGUUGCCUAUCUGCUAGGAGAGGUCACUCUUCCUGCCGAGGAAGACAUGAUCCAGGAGAUUGCAGAGUGGAACGCCUGGACGCGCCGUCGUUAUGGAAGCGUUGGGGAGCGUUACCCAUAUGCCCUUUUCGACUGGAUUCAAUAUCUCGACCGUCUUCUGCGUGAUCUAGACGUGAAGACUCAACGCAAUGGUGGCAAGAUUGCCGACUUCUUCACUCCUUACGGCCCGCACAGCUACAACGGGGUAGUGGAUGAAUACAUGACAGUCCGCAAGCCUAACUACCGGCUGAAGUACAAUUCGAAGAUGGCCCUACGCAACGGAGGCGAAAAGGCCAGUUCUUCUAGCUCACACUCCGACUAG